GCAUGCGCAGAGAGCAGCGCAUCCUGUGCGCGGUGCGGAGAGGUCUCGCGUUGCGGGCGUCUGGACUUUAAAAGCGGGCGUCACCUCGCGUCUCCGCAUCAGCAUCUUCAGAGAGAGAACAGCUGAAACACUCGCGAACACCCGGUGCUGGCGAUUUAUCGUUUGCAAUGAUGUCACUGCAGAAGCCUCCCCUCAGACGCAGCGCGUCGACCGUAGAAUCGACCAAUCACAGCGGCCCGUUGUUGACUCCGCCCUCCUCCCUCAAUUUACGCUCCUCCCACAACCAGCAGCUGAGCUGCGACACCAUAAAGGAGGGCAUGGUCGCGGUUUCCAAGGAAGCGCAAGGCUCUUCGAAAAGUCGUCAAAACUACGCAUUGACGAAUAUUCAGAACGCAAUGGGUUUGAGCCAAGACCCCGCCCCUUUGAGCCAAAGCCACGCCCAUUUGAGCCAAAGCCACGCCCCCGUGCACUUUAAACCCGCCCCGACCAAAUCCGCCUCAUCGUCGUCUAUCUACUGCUCCUCGCUUUCCUUUUCCACAUCCAAUCCCAAACUGGCCAAGAACGGCACUAACCUCCAGCUAAAAGAGGAGCAGUUGGACCUCAACAAGAACGACAAGAACCUCCUGAGCAGGAGCAGCUGCGAUUGGCUGGAGGGGAAGGACAACCAGAAGAACCCAACAUUCAGGAGGAGGACCAAGAGCUUUCUAGAGUACCAUCGGGAGGAGGAGGCGUCCAGCAGUCCCAAUAAAGACACGCAUGUAGAGGAGAAGCACCUCCUGCCUAAGCUGGAGGCGCAGACGUGGGCUAAAGAGAACCAUGUGGAGGUUCACCUCACUCUCCCACAGAACCACCUGCUGGCCAGCGAAGAAGAGGAGGAGGAGGAGGAGGAGAGUCCAGAACCGGCGGACGUUUACCAACACGUACUCCGGCCGAACAACGAGCGCGUGAGCCGCGUCAGAGACGGCCCUAGAGAUGGGAACGUCGCUUCUCCGAGCGGAAAGGUCCAAAUGAUCCCGCCGUCCACGUUACGCCUGGAGCUGAGAGAAGCCGAGGCCGAGGAGUCGAGCGAACGCCCGGCGCGACCCGAGAAACAGCUGGAGGACGAGGAGGAGGAGGACUCCAGCUGGACGACGCUGUCCCAGGAGAGUCCAUCUGUGGAAACGCCUCCGGAAACAGGAGUUUGGGAAGAGCCUCGGCUGAGGGAGUGUUUUUGGCGGGAUCAGCCUGACCUGGAGGCGGAGCCAUGGGUGAAGGGGGCGUGUCUUCCUGUGCCCUGCUCUAAAGCACAGACUGAGCGGCCCAGCAGUAUCGUGUCGGACAGCUCUGUGGAGCCCGUUCCUUCGUCCGCCUCGUCACCCUCCUCUUCCUCGCUGUGUUACGAGGCGAUGGGACGCGCCGCCAGUUUCCUCAACAACAACUACCUGGACCUGACGGAGACAUGCGACUCCCGAGAGAAGCGUCGCGAGCGCGAGCGACAGGAGGAGCGCGAGAGAGAGCGACAGAUGAACCGAGAGAGUUUAGGAGCUCACGGCGGCCCGUACAGCUUCAUCAACCACAGAGCUAAAGUCCCAUCAGCCCCUGCAGACACCGUCAUACCCAUCAAUGACCUGGACACGCAGGUGUUCUGGGUCCAGUAUCUGGGCUGGUUGGAGGUUCGGGAGGCGGAUCUGAUGUGUGGGAAGAGCGGCUCGGCGGUCAGCGACUGCAUCCAGCAGCUUCAGCGGCGCAGAGAGACAGACAGCGACCGGGCGAGGAGACAGACGAUGCUACUGGUCCUGCAAGAUGUCACUCUCAGCCUCAUCGACGCCACUGACCACACCCUCCUGCACUCUCAGCCAAUCAGCUGCAUCCGCGUGUGGGGAGUGGGGCGGGGCCUCAGCAGGUCAGACACGUCCCCCUCAAGCCUUUGUAACUCCAUUAGAGGAGUCCUAUAA